AAUAUUACUAGAAUUAGUUACGUAGUAAUUAAAGAGCUUCUCUUUCGAAAUGAAUACAACUUCUACAUUUUGUUCUAAAAUCGAAACAAACAAUUCUGGACCAAACUCUUGCUUUUAGAAUAUAAAAGCUUUUAAAGCUAGCAUUAAUAAAAUUAAGUUGAACAUUUAAUUUAUAUGUGUGUGAAGAAAACUUUUUCAAAACUAAAAAUAUAUAAAAAUACUAAUUUGAAGGAGUCAGAUGUGAUACUCUUCUCUAUGUGGAAUAAAUUAUGAUAAUGUUUGUCAAUCAAGAAGGCAUUGAUGUAGUAUAUAAAGGAUUGGAAGUGUACCUUAAAAUGCAAUGAAACUCGACAACAAUCAAGUGUUGUAUUAGAAAAAAUAGCUUUCCCAUUGCUGGAAGAUGGGGACUAUGAAACCUUUGAGGCAUUGGCCUAAGUUGCUCUCGGUGGUGGUAAUGUGCCUCAUUGCCACCACUGUUGUUGCUGCUCAACUCGACGAUGCUUUGCUGCCUAUCAAAAAGCCUGAACUUGGUGAUGAUUUACCAAAACAUCAACAUCAGAGAACUUUUUCACCAAGGAAUAAUCAUCACGCAUCCCCACCGUUGCUAAAAUAUCACCACCACCACAAGCCGCCGCCACCGAAGUAUAAGCACCAUAAGCCGCCACCACCACCAAAAUAUAAGCACCAUAAAUCUCCACCACCAUCAUAUGUUUACAAGUCUCCACCACCACCAUCUCCUUAUAUCUAUAAAUCUCCACCGCCACCUCCUUACGUCUACAAGUCACCGCCACCACCAUCUCCAUCGCCACCCUCACCUUACGUCUACAGCUCUCCUCCACCACCAUCUCCAUCCCCACCCCCACCUUACAUCUACACCUCUCCUCCACCACCAUCUCCAUCACCACCACCUCCCUAUAUUUACAAAUCACCUCCUCCACCAUCCCUCCCCACCACCUCCCUAUGUCUAUAAAUCACCACCACCUCCAUCACCAUCACCACCUCCCCCUUAUGCCUAUAAGUCUCCUCCACCACCAUCGCCUUCCACCACCUCCCUAUGUUUACAAGUCCCCCCACCACCAUCUCCAUCACCACCACCUCCUAUGUUUACAAAUCACCUCCUCCACCAUCCCCUCUCCACCGCCUCCUUAUGUCUAUAAAUCACCACCACCUCCAUCACCAUCACCACCUCCACCUUAUGUAUACAUGUCUCCUCCACCACCAUCUCCAUCGCCACCGCCCUCCCUACGUUUAUAGAUCUCCUCCACCACCAUCUCCAUCU